UCAUCACGUCCCUGCGUGGGAUUUAGAGCCAAAUUGCUUAAACCGAAACUAAGUGUAACUGUAACAGGAGGAAAGGAGAAACAAUACUGCGGAUACGUUUUAAAUACCAAGGGCUCCGCCCUCUGAGGAAGAGGAAGUGAUGCAAGAAGAGGAAGUCACUCAUCAAAUUCCCUUCUCCCACUAUCAUUACUAUGCAAAAUACAAAACACAGAAAUUAAAUCAACAUCUAAAGUCCUUCUGGACUGUAAAAAUUGUGUUGUAAAGUGUUGUAAGAGCUAGUUCAACAUCAUACUAUACGGUCAGAGGUUUGUGGACACCUGACCAUCAUACUCAUAUCUCAUUCCAGAUUUAUUCCCCCUGUGCUGUUCCCUGAAGCUCCACUCUUCUGGGAAGGCUUUCCACUAGAUUUUAGAGCAUAGCUGCAGGGAUUUGUGAUCAUUCAGCCACAAGAGCAUUAGUGAGGUCAGGCGUUGAUGCCAUACGAGGAGGUCUGGGGUUCGGUUGGCGUUCCAGUUCAUCCCAAAGGCCACUCAAGUUCUGCCACUCCAACCUUAACACACCGUGCCUUCAUGGAGCUCGCUUUGUGCACAGGGGCAUUGUCAUGCUGGAAAAGGUUUAAGUCUCUUAGUUCCAGUGAAGGGAAGUUGUAAUGCUACAGCAUUCAAAGACAUUCUAGACAAGUCUGCGCUUCCAACUUUGUGGCAACAUUUUGGGGAAGAACCACAUAUGGAUGUGAUGGUCAGGUGUCCACAAACUUUUGGCCAUAUAGUGUAUGUGUUUAGCAGUAAGGAUUUUUUUUUAAUGAUGUUAGUUAGGUAUUGGAAAGUUUUGAGUGUAGGUAGAUGCUUACCUUUUAGUUUUGCACUGCCAGUUUCGAUGCAAACUUGUCGAACGAGUCAGUACACCUUGAGAAGUAUUAUCUUUCUUACACUUGUGUGGCUCAUUGUUAUCGGGAUGACGUAGCUGAACUGUAAAAGACAGACAUUCCUCUGUCCAGUCAUCUCUCCUUAUUGCUUUCAAACAAAUAGGUAUUUUUGGUCAUCUGUGGUUUUUUUUUUUUUUGUUUUCUUUUUUUUUGGCUCAAUUUCUGCUCAGCUCAAUUGUAAGUCGCUUUGGAUAAAAGCAUCUGAAUAAAGGUAAGUGUUAUGUAAAACCUUACAACUGAAGGUUUCCCUAUUGCAAAUGCUUCUAAAUAAAACCCUAUUAGGACACCAAGAAUCUCUGGUUACGUAUAUAAAAAAAGAAAGAACAAUAGAGUGUCAGUUGUUGAGAAGUUUGAGUGUGUUUGAUUUGUUUUUAUUUGUCGAUAGGAUUUCAAGUGUGGCAAGGGUAAAUUUUUUGGUUUUCAAAAUGCGAAAGUGUGGAAGUGGUAAAUAAAAAAAAAAAUAAAUAAAAAAAAAAAAGCACAGGCACUGCCGGGGAGAAAGUUCUGUUGUUAGAGGAAGUUAACAUUUCAGUAACACUGUAUGACUAAAAUCAUAUGACUUUAUGGAUUAAUGUCACAGGAACUGAAAAUGCAGCAUGCCCUGUAUGCCCUAUAUAAAGAGUGACCAGUCAAGUGGCUUCCAUUCUUUGGCAGUGAUGAUGUCUCCUCUGAGAGAAGGUGCAUGAAACAAGAUGAACUCUGAUGACACAAGAUGACAGAAAAUUUGAUCAGCAUGACAGUUGACUUUAUCGAUGUAACAUUCUCACUGACCGGAGAGCAUCUUCAUCAUCGUCAUCAUGUUUACAGGGGUUAACUCCAUGAUGACGCCUCCUUACACCAGUAAUGUAGAAGAAACCCCUGAGACAAAGUUAAUGAAAACAGCAUCUCCAGCACACAGCUGUGUGUCCAUGAAGAGUGACUGGUCCUUAGAGAAGCCUCCAAGCCUGGGUAGGAAAAAUGUCAUCCCUGAGAGCAGAUUUAAUACUGACAGUGCGGUAUCUCCAGCACACAGCUGUGUGUCCAUGAAGAGUGACUGGUCCAUAGAGAAGCCUCCAAGCCUGGGUAGGGAAAAUGUCGCCCCUGAGAGCAGAUUUAAUACUGACAGUGCGGUAUCUCCAGCACCCAGCUGUGUGUCUAUGAAAAGUGACCACUCAAUAGAAAGGCCUCUAAGCCUUGGAGGGGAAGACGUCGUCCCUGAAGGAGGGCAACACUUCAGGACAGAAGCUGUGCAGGAACCCACGCUGAUGAAGAUAACUACAGACUUACAGCAAGAUUCUUACCAACCAGUGAAUGAUGUUCUGUCCAGAGUCUUAGAGACUCACAAAACCUGCAUGCGUAACAAGCACCAGAGUUUAUUUGAAGGAAUCAAAAUGCACAGCAAUAAAACCCCUCUGAACACUAUUUAUACACAGCUCUACAUCAUAGAGGGAGAGCGUGAAGGCGUGAAUAAUGAACAUGAAGUUUUACAGAUGGAGAAAAGGCCGAAAAGCCAGCACUUCCAUGACAAGCCAAUCAACUGCUUAGAUAUAUUUAACCAUGUACAAGACUUCAAUGGAGAAAAGAAUGGAGAAAAUGUUACAAAUAGAAAUACAGAAAAUGGACCAAGUGUACAAAAGGUCAGAACUGUGUUAACUAAAGGAAUUGCUGGAAUUGGGAAAACUGUGUCAGUGCAGAAAUUCAUUCUGGAUUGGGCAGAAGGAAAAGCCAAUCAAGAUGUCGAUUUCAUGUUUGUGCUUCCGUUCCGUGAGUUGAAUUUGAUUAAAGACGACUGUUACAGUCUUCACAAACUCUUGUGUGACUUCUAUCCCGAGCUAAAAGUUCUGGACACACGCGUAUACCACGUGCGUAAAAUCGUGUUUAUCUUCGACGGCCUGGAUGAAAGCAGACUUCCGCUGAACUUUUUAAAUGGUAAGAAAGUUUCUGACGUAACGAUGACAUCAUCAGUGAGUGCCCUGAUGUCAAACUUAAUUAAUGGUGACCUGCUUCCCUCUGCUCUCAUCUGGAUAACCUCCAGACCAGCGGCAGCCAAUCAGAUCCCUCGGACACACGUCGACCGCGUGACGGAAAUUCAGGGAUUCAGUGACGCACAAAAGGAAGAGUAUUUCAGGAAGAAAAUCAGUGAGCAAGACCAAGCCAAGAAAAUCAUUUCACACAUUAAAAGGACAAAGAGUCUUUAUAUCAUGUGCCACAUCCCAGUGUUUUGUUGGAUAUUAGCCACAGUGCUUCAGCAAAUUAUGAAACGAAAUAAUCAUACAGAAGCUCCUAAAACUCUGGCUGAGAUAUAUGCGCACUUCAUGCUCAUUCAGACGAACAUGAAAAAUGAAAAAUAUGAAGAAAUGGAUGAGAGAGAUCCAGAGAAACUUCUGGAAACAAACAGAGCCACGAUUUUAAAACUAGCAGAACUGGCGUUUAAGCAGCUGAUGAAGGGCAAUGUGAUGUUUUAUGAAGAAGACCUGAGAGAAUGUGGUAUUGAUAUCACCGAGGCCUUGGUAUACUCUGGGAUUUGCACUGAGAUCUUUAAGGAGGAAUCUGUGCUGUACCAGAAGAAGGUCUACUGCUUUGUGCAUCUGAGCUUUCAGGAGUUUUUCGCUGCUCUCUAUGUGUUUUACUGCUAUAUGACAAAGAGCAUGGAGGCGCUGCAGGUUUUCCUGCCGCUGUACAGAGAGUUUUCCGGGGAUGUUCCUUUGGACGAGUUGUUAAAAGCAGCAGUUGAUAAAGCCUUACAGACUGACAACGGACACUUAGACCUUUUCCUCCGUUUCCUGCUUGGCAUCUCACUGGAGACCAAUCAGAGACUCCUACGAGGCCUCCUGACACACACACACAGCAGCUCUGACAACAUCAAGAGUACAGUCCAGUACAUCAAAUGGCAGAUUCAGUCUGAGGACCUUCCUACUGACAGAGCAAUCAACCUGUUCCUGUGUCUCACAGAAAUGAAGGAUCAGUCUCUCUUGAAAGAGAUUCAGGAGUUCCUGAAGACGGAGAAGCAAUCCGAGAAAAAGCUCUCUGCUGCACACUGCACAGCGAUAGCGUACAUGCUGCAGAUGUCAGACGACGUCCUGGAGGAGCUGGACCUGAAGAAAUACAACGCAUCAGAGGAGGGAUGUAGGAGGCUGAUUCCUGCAGUGAGCAACUGCAGGAAGGCUCAACUAGCAGGCUGUUAUCUCACCACAAGUUCCUGUGAAACCUUCACUUUAGCUCUGCAGUUAGAAGAGUCCCCUCUGAGAGAACUGGUCCUCAGUAACAAUGACCUGCAGGACUCUGGAGUGAAGCUGCUCUCUGAUGGACUGAAGAGUUCACACUGUAAACUGGAGAUUCUCCGACUAGCUAUUUGUAAUCUUGGAGAAAAGGCUUGUGAAUAUUUGGGAUCAGCUCUCAUGCUGCCGCACUCCACCCUGAGAGAACUGGACCUCAGUAACAACGACCUGCAGGACUCUGGAGUGAAGCUGCUCUCUGAUGGACUGAAGAGUUCACACUGUAAACUGGAGAUUCUCCGAUUAUCUGGAUGUUUAAUCACAGCUGAAGGCUGCGCUGCUCUGGUUUCAGCUCUGAGUUCAAACCCGUCACACCUGAGAGAGCUGGACCUCAGCUACAACCAUCCAGGAGACUCGGGAGUGGAGACGCUCUCUGCUAGACUGAAAGAUCCAUACUGCAAACUGGAGACACUCAGCUUGGAGCAUGCAGGCAAGAUUAGGCUCACACCCGGUUUAAGAAAAUAUGCCUGUGAGCUCACGCUGGACCCAAACACGGCACACACACGUCUGGCUCUGUCUGAAGGGAACAGAAAGGUGACGCAUGUGAUAGACGAGCAGCCGUACCCUGACCAUCCCGAGAGGUUUGAUUACUGGAAGCAGGUGAUGUGUAGAGAGAGUCUGUGUGGACGCUGUUACUGGGAGGCGGAGUGGGCUGGAGGGGAAGCUGUGAUAUCAAUGAGUUAUAAAGGAAUACGCCGGAAAGGAGGCAGAGGCGACUGCGUGUUCGGAUCCAGUGAGCAGUCCUGGAAACUGGACUGCUCUAGUAACAGUUACACUGCCUGGCACAACAAGAAGAGAACGGACAUACCUGCACCUCCGUCCUGCUCUAACAGGGUAGGAGUGUACCUGGACUGGCUGAAGGGUUCUCUGUCUUUCUACAGCGUCUCCUCUGACACACACACACAUACACACCUACACACAUACCACGCCACCUUCACAGAGCCGCUCUACGCAGGGUUUUGGGUUGAUUGUGACUCCUCAGUGAGUUUGUGUUGACAUGCUUUGAGAUCAUAUUGAUCUGCUUCAAAAGAAAUUAUUUUUAUUUUUAUUUAUUCUUUAUUGCACUUUAACACAGCACUGUUGAAUUCUCCAAUCUGAUUGGUCAGAAGGUGUUGAUUAAUCUAUAACAGCUGUUCCAGUUACAUAUUUAGUUUACUGCGUUCAUUUGACAUUUACUGUAUGGAAAGACAUUCCAGUGUCAGAACUGAUAUGAUAAUAACUGAUAUGAUUUAUAUGAUAAAAUCUCACAAAAAAAAAAAAGAUAAAGGUAAUGUGAUUGUGCCAAGCUCCAAUCUCCAAAGACCGAUUUUCUCAUCUGGCUUUUUUAUUCAAGGGGAAAAAAGAUCUUUUGGAGUAUUUUGAGUCAUAACUCAUAAAAUGAUGUUAAAAUAUGGAGCUUGUAUGCAAGUAGUACUUAUUUAGCUCCAAACAUUUCCCAUUAUCAGACAUUUAGCUCCAAACAUUUCCCAUUUCCCAUUAGCAGACAUUUAGCUCUAAACAUUUCCCAUUUCCCAUUAUCCAUUUCCCAUUAUCCAUUAUCCAUUAUCCAUUAUCCAUUAUCCAUUAUCCAUUAGGCAGUUGUGGCCUAAUGGAUAGCGAGUCGGACUUGCAACCCGAAGGUGAACCUGAAGGUUGUGGGUUCGAGUCUCAGGUCUGGCAGGGAUUGUAGGUGGGGGGAGUGAAUAACCAGCGCUCUCUCUUCCACCCUCAAUAUCACGACUGAGGUGAGACCCUUGAGCAAGGCACUGAACCAUUGCUCUGGGUGUGUGUGUUCACUGUGUGUGUUUGUGUUCAUUACUGUGUGUGUGCACUUGGAUGGGUUAAAUGCAGAGCACAAAUUCCAAGUAUGGGUCACCAUACAUGGCCACAAGUCACUUCACUUCACUAUUUUAGUGCAUGGUUUAAUGAGAUUUUAAGCAUUUGCCUGCGCUCAAUUAUGUGUGCACCAACAAACAUUAUACUGCAGUAGCCCAUGAUCUGGUAAUAAAUUAUAUUAUAUCCGUUAAUUGCUAUUUGUAUGCUUCCUAUUUGCAAUCCAUUCCUUACUAUAUUUAACUAUUUACUACUCAUUACCAUUUUCGGGUACACUGCUGCCUCUAUCCCUAACCCUGAGGUUUAGGGCGAUUUUUUUUUUUUUUUUUUUUUUUUGUUUAACCUGUUUUUUUCUCUUUACUUUUGUAAGUUUGAUGUUUGUUUUGGUGUCUGUGUUAAUAUUUUUGGCCACUGGUUGAAGUUGGGGAGGCAGAUUUCCCCAGGCCUUCCCCCAUGUGUGAUCUGCUUGCGUACAUCUGCUCGCUGUGGACUGUGGACUUGCAGCGUCUAAUCACUUUCAACUUGCCUGUUACUUAUAUCGAUGGCAGGGAGUGUGUUGUCAUCAUCCCAAGCUGUCGCGGGGCUUCUCGGGCCUCUGUUUAACGAUAAGGAGCUACACCAAUCAAAUUAGAUCGCGGCAACGUUUCAAACGACUCUGCUAACCAGUCAGGUUUGUUUGUUUGAUAGAUUUUUUUGCUUGUUUGUUUGUUUUUUACACCAUUAUUUUUGUUAUUGUCUGUUUUUUGUAAUAGUAAAGUGAGCUUGCGUAUAAGAAAUGAGCUAUAUAAAUUAAACGUUAUUAUUUAUUAUUUAUUAUUAUGUGCUAUACUAUUUUAUUUAUGUAUACUAUUCUCUACUAUUUAUACCAGCUAUACUAUUACAUCAACUACACUGUUAUUCUUUUUUGUUGUACUAUGUGUAUGCAUUACUAUCUACUUUCUGUUAGAUAGUAAUAAAGAAUUAAAUAUAAAAAAAAUUAAAAAUAAAUCAGCAUAACUCCCUGCGUUUCUUCAUGACGGCUCAAGGCCUUGCUUUUCAGUCCUAACUUUCAGUGCUACACAUGAACUAUGGUGUGCACACACGUGCUUGCUGAGGAGUUGGAACUGACAGAAAGUGGGGCUUUUUUGCUAAGCCGCAAAAAGAAAAAGUCAGAUUUGGACCAGGAACCUCUAGGAAGGGAAACAAGAGUUUUACAAAACCGCAGAACCUCAUUUAGGCUAGCCUUUUUUUUUUUUUUUUAAAGAGUUUAUCCUGAAUAGCGAUAGGCCAAGGCUGACAUCCUACAAUAUACUUUCAUCCAAUACGAUUGAAAUGUGAGAUUUUUCUUUUCCAGGAACAUAUCAUUGUUGUGUAGCAGCAAUAUAAAGUGGAGGAUAAAUACUGAUAAAUAAGUGCUUUCCUCUGGUGGUACUGGUGGCUCAGUAGUCUGAGGGGGUGGUCUGUGCUGACACCAGCUGGAGUGUAGGAUCAAGAUCCCCCCCAAGCCUAAUUAAUUAUUCCUUCUGAUGUGAUGAAGUGUGGGUGAUUAUGAAACCUGAAUGGAAAGCAAUGAGGUUUUACACUAUGUUGAAAACCCACAUUUUGAAGGUUUUAAAUUGAGUCUUGAAUCAGAUUCCAUAAAAGCAAAUGGUUUCUCUGGAAAUUAUUCUCCUUGAAUCUACUGUAAUGUUGACUCCCUUUCCUAACUGCCAUCUAAUGAAGUUAUUUUCUAAAAAAAAAUACCAGACUUUGGGAUUGUGUGCUACUGAUGGCUAACAUACUUUAGCUAAUUAUAGUACUAAUAUCAGCUGCUUAUUUACAGUUUUCCUCGUUUCCCUUGGUGGUACAGUGGUUAGCCUUGUGGCUCCUGCCUGUGGCGGUUGCUGGUGAAACCUCAGGUCUGGUUUUUUUGAGUAGUGACUCAAUUGUUUUAUAAAAUAAGUUAUAUAAAAUAAAAUUAGAAUUAGUACUAAUUUAAAAAGAAAAAGACAUAAUCAUGUACCCUAGUGGUGCUCUCAUAGCUACGCUUGUGGUUUCCUGGUACUAAGAGAAAAUGGGAAGUGAUAAGUGUUGGACUGCUGGGAAGAGAAAGCGGAAGGGAAACCACCAUCUCCUUCUCCACUAAACAUUUCAUUGUGGUCUCCUUUGACAUGUGCUGAUGAGACAUUUAUUAGGCCAAAAGUCCAAUCAGCAAACCCAACACUCACCUCUUAGUGGUGCAGUGGUUAAUGUUGUGGGCCCUGGUGUUUGAAGUUUAUGGUUCACUUCCAACUGUUUGCUUUAAUUCAGGAUUAGGUUUACAGAUGUGAAAAUUUCUAUAAAAGACACUUUUCAUGUGAGACGCUGUGGCUCAAUUGGAUGAGCAUUGCCUCCUGGUUAAGAGGUUGCUGGAUCAAACCCCAGCCAGGUCUCCAGGAUAUGAGUGUAGAUGGGUUGGAAUUGGUGGCACAAGAGCUGAGAAAGGUGUUGGAGGGUGUUACCUGAGAUGGGGGGGGGGUGAUAUCCGGGCAGCUGCCCCCCCAAGGUCCAGGGACAAAGAAAGGAGGCGUGUUGGUGCCUGAAUAGAUAGUGUUAACUUAGUUUUGCAUCUCUAGGAUGGGCUGCAAAACCUAUCACCCACACUUUUUGUGGGUUUUUGAAGCACCAUUUCCCUUCAGGCAUGCUUUCUCCAGGCACCCACAUCCUUAUAUAUCUGCAACCACCCCCCCACAUCAUUCAAGGGAACAAGCCAGAUUUGAACUAGCAACCUCUACCCUCAGAGGCAAGGCUUUUACCACAAAGCCACCAAGUCCCACAGAAAGGCAAAGGUGGUGUAGGACUGUUGUCUUUUAAAAAGACAGAGCCCUGCCCUCAACCCCACUGAUCACCUUCGGGAUGAACUGGAACACCGACUGCACCCCAGACCUCCUCACCAACAUCAGCGCCUGAUCUCACUAAUGCUCUUGUGGCUGAAUGAACACAAAUCCCACAGCCACGCUCCAAAAUCUACUGGAAAGUCUUCCCAGAACAGUGGAGCUUAUUAUAACUGUAACUAAAUCUGUUAACGGGAUGUUCACAAAGCACAUAUGGUGUAUAUGUAUUUAAAUCUCGACUGCUGAAUAAAAAAGGAUAAGACAGAUUUGAAAGCCUUGCAAAAGAUGUCUAGUCUAAAGUAUAUUGAUUGAUUAUACUGUACAUUAGACUAGAGGAGAAAAUGAAAAGAUGUAAUGAAAAGCCCAUUGGCUGCUGCAGGCUUUGUUUGCCAACAGUUGACUGAUGACUGAGUGAAGAGACAGAUGGAUGUUUUCAGCCCCUUGAACUUUUUGAAGUGUUACAACAAGAAACAGAUAUGGACUUAAUUGGGAUGUGAUGUCAUCAUUAGCAUUUUGUUAGCAGCUGAGUCUAUGGCGCUGAGUUUAUUACUCUACUUUGCCCCCUAGUGGAAUAAGAGAGACUAGAUGGUUUUUCCCACUGAAUCUUUCAAUUCAC